AUGCCUUCCUCAAAGGCCGAAUCUUCAGAAAAGGCUCAAACGCAUAAAUUAGCGUUGCGAGGGAGCUCAAAGCUUGUGACGGAAUUCUUUGAAUACUCGAUCAACUCAAUAUUGUUUCAACGAGGUGUCUACCCAGCAGAGGAUUUUUCGGCCGUGAAGAAAUAUGGCUUGAAUAUGAUGGUCUCGCUCGACGACCAGGUCAAGGCAUACAUCAAGAAGAUCAUGAGUCAACUCAACAAGUGGAUGCAGAAAUCGAAGAUCUCAAAAUUGGUCAUUGUGAUCACCAGUAAAGAGACUGGGGAACAUAUCGAGAGAUGGCAAUUUGAUGUGAACAUAUUUCAAGAUGAAAGCAAGAAGAAGCGAACCGCAACCACGACGGACCAGCAAGAGAAUAGCGCACCCGAAGCUAGUGCUCCACAAACAGAGAAGACAGACGAAGAAAUUCAGUCGGAAAUUCAGUCACUAUUCCGACAAAUCACAGCCUCUGUAACAUUCCUUCCGAUAUUGGACGGAAAUUGUACCUUCAAUGUUCUCGUCUAUGCCGACGCGGACAGCGAAGUGCCCCUAGAAUGGGGCGACAGUGACGCAAAGGAGGUCAAGAAUGCAGAGAAGGUCAUGCUGCGCAGUUUCUCGACAAAUUCACACCGUAUCGACACGGUUGUCUCAUAUCGAUUGGCGGAUUGA